CUGAGCAUGACUUCGUUUUCGCAUAUUCAAAUAUUUUAAUAAGUGGGUGUUGAAUUGGUGCUAGUUUUUUAAUAGUGGUGUCUGCACAGAGGACAGAGGAACCCGAGCUUCGUGGUAAAUGACAAUGGGGAAUUUCAUCCCCAAGGUGUGCAUUCCCAAGUUUUUGUUAAAGAAUGUUGUUGGUGAUGGUGAUGGUGAUGAUGAUGAAUCUUGGCACACUGUUGAUUAUUCUGGCAAAAACGUGCACCUCAUUACCACAGAAGAAAGUUGGGAGGAGAAGAUGGAAGAAGCGAACAAAGAUGACAAAAUUGCCAUUGUGAACUUCAGUGCCUCAUGGUGUUCUCCGUGUAGAACAAUUGCACCAUUAUUCUCUGAGCUAUCUAUGAAGCAUCUUUCUUGGAUGUUUUUGGUGGUCGAUGUUGAUGUGCUUUCGGACUUGAGUACAACCUGGGACAUCAAAGCGACACCGACCUUCUUUUUCCUUAGGGGUGGAAAGCAAUUCGAGAAAGUGAUAGGGGCCAACAAAGAAGAGCUGCAGAAGAAGGUAACUGAGGUUGUCGACUCAGAGACAUCGAGCUAGCCAUAGCUGUUAUGGUGAUGCUUUCAUGAGUGGCAUCGAAUGACCUUUUCUUUCGUUCGAGUCUGUGAUUGUAAAUGCAACUAACGUUUUUCCAGUCAUGUAUUUGAGAUUGAGAAAGCUUGAAGGUAGCGUUUGCAAUCCCCCCGCCCGCCUAUUUGGCUCUUUGAGCUGUGAGUUAGGUGAGCUUCACAGCUUCAUAUUGAGCAUUGUAAUGGAAAAAGGAAUGGUUUUCUUUUCCCCUGAAAUGUGCUGAAUAUCAUCAACUGCUCCUUGGUUUUGUUUCUUUGCAACAUAUCACCACAUUGGUUGCCCCUUCCUAAACCAAUUGGUUCUGCUCUUUUGAGGGAUCAUUGCAACUUAUUAGCCAGCAUCUUUGACACUGAAUC